AUGGUGGAGGGACCGGGGUGCAGGCUGAGCGGAGAGAGAAUCCGGGCGCGGGUGCGGGCGGGCCAGGCCGUGCGGGCCGUGCGGGGCGGCGCCCUGCGGGGCCCGGGCCCGCCCCCCGCCGCCCCGGCCGCCGCGCCUUCCCAGGCUGCCGCACAGAACAGGGACGGCGACCCCGGCGGGCUGCUGAGAGGACAUGCGUACAGCGGCGUGGAGACUCUGGGGAAGGAGCUCUUUCUGUUCUUCGGGCCGAAAGCUCUGCGGAUCCAUUUUGGAAUGAAAGGCUACGUCAGGAUCAACCCACCUGAGUGUGAAAGUAAAAAUGGAGUUUCUCCGGUGCUGGAAGUACAGCUCAGCGAGGAUCGGAUUUGCUUCUUUGACUCGUCCGUAGAACUCAGAGACUCAGCGGAGAGCCAGCGGAGGGUCAGGAUGAUGGGGGAGUUAGACGUGUGCUCGCCCAAGUUUAACUUCCCGCGAGCCGAGAGGGAAGUGCGGAAGCAGCGGGGACGGAUGCUCUGUGACGUGGUCAUGGACCAGCGGGUGCUGCCUGGGGUUGGCAACAUCAUCAGGAACGAAGCUCUCUGCGACAGCGGCCUCCACCCCGCACUCAGGGUUUGUCAGUUAACAGAAGAACAGAUCCAACGCCUAGUGAAAAUGAUACGUGACUUCAGCCUUCUUUUCUACAGGUGCCGUAAGGCAGGACUGGCCGUCUCCAAACACUAUAAGGUCUACGGGCGUCCUCACUGUGGCCGCUGCCGCAGCAGAAUAACCGUGUGUCGCUUGGGAGAGAACAGCAGGAUGACGUACUUCUGUCCGCACUGCCAGCCAGAAGAUGCUCACCGUGCCGACGGAGGCCAGCUGCCAACGAGAAACACGGCCGUCGGCCCGACGCCCCAUGGGGACCGUCUUGGGGACCACGUGGCCAGGAGGUGGGAAGAGGCCUGGGCGUGCGGGGCCUGCACCCUGAUCAACAUGCCUUCUGCCCAGGCCUGUGAUGCCUGCCUCGCGCCCAGGCCUGCUGGGUCCAGGCUGGAGAGCAAGGACAGCCCCGCUGCCCUGAGCGACGUUGUGAGGUACCCCUGCAGCAGCUUCGGGAAGCCCAGCUCGGAGGUGAGGAUCAACAGGAAGACGGCCUUUGGCACCACAACCCUGAUCCUGACGGAUCUCAGCCAGAAACCCAGGCCUCCGGGAAGAGAGAGAAGCCCAGACAGGCUGCUCGGUGGGGAGCUGCAAAGCCCUCUUUCCACUAACGUUCCUCUCCGGGACACGCCUCGCCCCUCCGAGGAGACAGCCGACAGCAUGGCUCAACCACCCAGCACGGCCAGCCCGCUGGCAUUCCCCGCCAUCUCUGCCUUACACAGACCCGCCUGCAAAAGACUGAAAACCGCCCACGGCUCCUCGCCAGCCUCCGGGAGUCGCCACCCUGCACUUUCUAAUGGAGAACCUCAGAUGGACACGACGGGUGGUGCUUGUGCGUCCAUGGCUCCCGCCCCUCGCUGCAGUCAGCACCGCCGCCUCUGCGUCCUCCGGGUCGUGAGCAAGGACGGCGAGAACAAGGGCAGGCCCUUCUACACGUGUCCUCUCCCCAGGGAAGCGCAGUGCGGGUUUUUCGAAUGGGCAGACCUGUCCUUCCCGUUCUGUGACCACGGCAAACGCUCCAUCCUGAGGACAGUGCUGAAGAUGGGCCCCAACAACGGGAAGCGGUUUUUCGUGUGUCCUCUUGGUAAAGAAACUCAGUGCCGUUUCUUCCAGUGGGCGGCCCGGGCCCGGAGUGAGCACUGCUCCAGGCGCUAA